AAACAAUAAUCGAUCAGAAAAUAGGAGAAGUACAAUAAGGUCUAUACCACUAGCAACUGGUAGUAAUAGAAAGUUAUUAAGGAGACGGAGAUAUCAAGAAGCAAACCAAGUCCCCCACCAGGCUUCACAAUAUUUCUCAGAAAUAGAUGAUGAAGCUUCAGAUACUAG